GAAUAACGGGUGCAAUCUGGAGCGUUGGAUGUGAAAAGAUGAAAAAGGUCAAAAAAUAGCCUAUAAAUUCAGAAGAAGACGAGAUUUUGAGCGAUUGGGUUUGGUUCUCAGUGUACCCAAAAACAGAGGCAGAAGGAGGAAGAAGUAGAAGAAGAUUAGAGAGAGUGAGUGAGUGAGCGAGGGAUAAUUGGCGAGUUAGGGUUUCGAAUUGACUCACUGAGUCUUUGCAUUGUGUCGCCGGUUUUUUUUUUCGCCGGAGAAAACUCGUGCUCCGAUCUCCUCUGCUUUUGUUUUCGAUAGCAUAGCUGUUUGAAAGGUUCGGUUUUCCCGGCGAGGAUAGUGGGAUUUUCCGGGGAUUCCUUGGUGAAUUGAGUUUGGGGGAAUUCUUGAUUUUGACCUAAAGCAAAGGUCUUUACUCAAAAGUUUUACUGGAUUUUGUGUUUUUAUUUUUAUUUUCUAUUUUUUUUUUGCGUUGAGUAGACCGAGCAUGAGUGAGUGUCAUUGUGUUUGAGAUUUGGGGUUGAUAUUUUUUGGUAAAUAAAAAACAAGAUAAAAUUUAUUCUUUUAAGAUUCUGAUAACUAUCUUAUCCUUUUUUUUUAAUAUACUCUUGUGCUUUUCUGGGAGUGUAAAUGUCAGAAAUUUUUUGCUAACAUUUAAUUUUGGGAAAUGGGUCAGUGAAUCUAAUCUAGGCUAAGUUCUUCAACUUGCUAAUUUGGGUUUGAUAUUUGGAAAAACCUUGGUAAAUUCACUGCAUCUGUUUAAUCCGUUCUUGUGCUGUUUUAUCAAAAAGUUUUUUUUUUUUUUUGUUGAUUGUUAUUGAUGUUAAUGAGUUUGUUGGGUUGAAUUUAUUUGUGUGCCCCAUUUUCCAAUUGAUCUCCUUUUGUUAAUGAAUCAACGGAUCAUUUCCUAAUAUAGUGGUUUCUGCAACAGGCAGGAACCACUGGCCAUUCCGUUUCUCAAAUUUUUUGGCCUCAUUCUUUCACAAAUCUUUGGCCUCCAAAAGAGCUUCUUCAACCAUUGUGACUCUUUGGCUUUUGAAAUCAUCACAAUUGGGAGUAUGGCUGUCUCUCUGACACGUUUGUCAUGGUGGUUGUGGGGUCGUAGCAACAAGGAGAAAGAGCCUGUUGUUUCUGGUGGCUCUACACUGAAUUCAUCUUCUGAAUGGAGUUUUAAGGAAAGAGAGAGUGUUAAGUUUCCUUCAGUGAAGGGAACAAAGAUAGCUCCUUCUCACAGGAAGGUUAAAAGGAAAUGGCAGAGCAGGGAAGAGAGGAGACAUGAUAGAGAGUAUGAUGUUGUGUUGGUGCCAUCUGAUGGUGAUGGUUGUUUGUCAAGCUCUGAAUCUGAUGACUCAGAUUUUUCCAUUGGGUGGUUGGAGCCUCAUGGCUCUGAUUUCCUUCAGAGUGAUGAUGAUUUGGACAAUAGUUUUGCUGUGCUAGUUCCUUGCUAUAGGAAGGAGGUGGAGAGUUCAAACAAGGAGCUUUUGAGUGCCAUCAAGAACCUUCCAAAUGAAUUUUCUUCUGCUGGCAAAAAUUACAUGGAACACUGGCUGGCUUCUCUCAAGAAUUUAGAAGCGUAGAAAACUACAUCUUCUAUAUGACUACGGACCUUUCUGACAUCCUUCUAGAAGUAGAGGAGGCAAAAUAAUCCAUCAUCCAAUGUAUUCUUUGUACAUAGAAUCAUCCUCUCCUCUUACUGUAAAAGCUUCAAUUGAAAUGGAAAAUGUCGAUCUAGAAAAUUCUGUAUGGCCAAUCAAUCACUACUAUAAAUAAAAGUAUUUCACUAUAAAAAAAAAAGGGAUUUUCAUGUUGAUAA